AUGAGCUCCAAUGUCUCCCUGUGGGAUAACAAAAUUCACGUCAUUUACGUCGUUGAACUUGUCUUCUACAGCUGCGUUCUGUGCGGCGCCGUAGCUGCUAUGUUCCGCCAAGCCUCAAAGUUCAGGGCUUCUUACCUUUCGACAAUAUCUAUCCUCAAAAUCGCGGGUCUCGGCAUUUGCCUUCACGCUGCCAUCCAGACCGUCGCGGCUACCAAUGACCAGAAUACAUCCGAGGAGCCCUCUGCAGGCCUCGUUACAGCCGGUAGUAUUAUGAUUGCACUUGCAACUGCUCCAUUGCUGGAGCUCACCAAGUCUUACGCCUUCUCUAGAGACGCCAAUGUUAGGGUUGUAUCAUUAUCUCGUACUGGAGUAAUUGCUGGUGUUGCUCUUUCCAUCGCUGGUUAUAGCAUGUGGUCGCAAGGAAAUUCUAGCUCAGGUACAGGCAUUAGUCUCGUCAAAGCAGCCUCGAUAAUUUACUUAGCGACGUACGUUUUCGUUGUGGGGUUUGGCACUUUUCAAUAUGUUGCUCAAAGACAAAGUUCCGAAAAGGCCCGCAACAUUGCUCUUCUUACUGUUUUCAUUGCAAUGCCAUUUUUCCUCAUUCGUUUCAUUUACACUAUCAUCUCGUCCUUUGCUCUGUCCACAAACCUUUCCGCGUACCACAAGUUUAACAUCUUUAAUGGGGACUGGAAAGUUUACCUAGGGAUGUUCGUUGUAAUGGAAUUUGUCGUCGAGCUGAUAUAUCUAGCGGGACUACACGUUUUGAUUACUCAAGAACUCCGCGACCGCGACUUGGGAUAUGAAAGUACCCGAGACAAUUCCAAGAGCGACUACUAUGAUGUCUGA